UGUGUGUGUGUGUGUGUGUGUGUGUGUGUGUGUCACUAUGAGUCUGGUCUCGGGCUUCCCUCACCACCCGGUCAUGCACCACCACGACAGCCACCACUACUCCCUGCACGCGGCGGCGGCUGCCGGUCGCUGUCACGAGGACACCGGGGCUCCUCCAUACUUCACGAGCUGGCUCAUCAGUCACGCGGAUAUGUCUCCGACUGAGUACAGCCUCGCACCCGGCUACAGCCCAGAGUACCAUGGCAACAGCGGCGGCGGCUCCGGCGGCCUGGACCCCCACCACCACCAUCACCACCACUACGGGCCCGGCGGCUUGGUUCCGGGGGCCGGGCCCAUCUCGGUGAACGGAGCCGCGGUCGGCAUGCACCCCCACCACGCACACCCACGGCCCGUGAAGCGGAGACCCACGGCCAACCGCAAGGAGCGGCGGCGGACCCAGAGCAUCAACUCGGCCUUUGCGGAGCUGAGAGAGUGUAUCCCCAAUGUCCCUGCAGACACUAAGCUGUCUAAGAUCAAGACGCUGCGGCUGGCCACCAGCUACAUCUCCUACCUGAUGGACAUCCUGGACAAGGACGGACAGCACGGAGACACACAGGCUUUCAAGGCCGAGCUUAAAAAAACGGAAGCCCGGGAGGAGCGGAGGAAGAGAGAAGCGGUGGAGAUCCCCAAGACAACGUCAUCAUCAUCAACAUCGUCAUCCUCCUCGUCAGCGGGCGAUAAGAAGAGCAAAGGACGGACAGGAUGGCCUCAACAUGUCUGGGCUCUGGAACUGAAACAGUAGCGCCCCCUCCCUCUCCUGCUGCGGCCCGCUCCUCCGACAGAGUGAUGGGACAAUAAUGACGCGCUCGGAUCAACUGCAAUGGCAUCAUCACCAUCAUCAUCAUCAUCAUCUCUGGACCUGAACAGUGGACGUUGUACUGCUUGCAUAGCUCCGUUCACUUUGCUAUGGUGAGACAUGAAGGAAGUUAUUUGUUGGAGUUGCUCAUAACUCCCUCACCUUCCACCGGCGAGGGGGCUUCCUGCCGAUUUGUUUGUGUCGACCCUAAACCCGGAUUUUCUCUUAAAUUGUACCUCGAGGAGAAAAAAACCUAAUGGAAAUAUCACACGUUCAAUUUUUUUAUGUUAAGUAAAGUUUGAAUUGAAAGAAACAUUUUUCCUAAAAAUCGAUGAAUGGGUUUGGGGCUUGAAUUUUCUAGAUGCUUUGUCAAUCCCCAUUUAAUUCAACAUAAUUGAAUCCGCUGGAUAGGCUCGGUUUUAAAACAGCUACAGAAGGCUGUGUGUCUAUAAGCUUGGACAUGUCCGAGCGGCUGGGUUGGGUUGGAGAGGAUGAACAGGUUAAAAUAUUAAAUCAUCGAUAAGAUCCACUGUUAGUCUUUGGUAAAUCAUAACUCCCCCCUUCUCUUGAGCCCAUUCUAAUAAAAUAGGUGGAUGUAUGCCGAAUUAAAGAGCGCUCUGUAGCUCUCGUGUAUGUUCUACCAGAUGUGUACGUUUCCACUGAGCGAAGUAGCUUUGCGCCACAGCUAGAUAGUGAACGGAGUGUGCUGGAGCCUCUCUUCCUGUCCACACACACACACACACACACACACACACACACACUGUUGACGGGCUCUCUGCUUUAUUUAUCGGAAUAUAUUUAUGUGCAAUUCGGUCGUUAGAAGGACCAAAACGGCCAUUCCACUGACUGACACCGGACAUUUACUGAGUACAUUUGAUUAAUCUACAAGGUGUAUGUGAAGCUCCCUCUCUCUCUCUCUCUCUCUCUCUCUCCCUCUCUCUCUCUCUCUCUCUCUCUUUAUCUAUCUAUCUAUCUCUAUCUCUGUGUGUCUCUCUCGAUUUAUCCAUGUUGUGGUGUGAAAUGUGUUGGGAGUCUAAAUAAUGCUUUUGGUGGGAUGUAAACAGUGUCAUGAAUUUAAUAAAUCACCACCUGGUUAAAUGACGCCACUGACGGCCUCACUGAUCCAAACAGCUUUCUUACUCUCAGUUGGUCAAUCACUGACCUGGGCAAAUUCAUUAAGGGAAUGUUAAACACAGCUUCAAUGAGUAGCCUAUUAUAUGAAAAAACACAUCAGCCUUAAAGUUUUGUGUUGUUCAGCAUAUGAAUCGGGCUUCUAUUUCAAAGGGAAAGAGUACCAAAACCAAAAAUAUGACCUAAAAGAUAUUCCAUAACGGUUACUUUCAUGUUAUGUAUAAAACUGAGACUAUAUUUGGCGAGAUUUUUCGACAGGGAUGCGGUAUAGAUGAACGUCUGCAUCAGAUACGCCUUUUAAAUGCGUAGAAAAUAUAGACUACGGAUGCAAAUUCAUAGGAUAUAAUUUUUUAUUGGAAAAACAUUUUUUAAAUAAUACAUUUUACAAUACAAGACAAUUUGGUUCACAAAUCGCCUUAAUUAUAUAAUUACAUUUUGAUAUCGUGGUUGUUUUCCACAUCUGACAAUAUUUUUUUUUAAAUGAGGGUUUGAGUUUGAGCAAAUGUCAUCAGUUUUCCCCUACAAACUACUUUAGGUCUCUGUUGGAUCGCUGUCUCUCUUCUGUUCAGGAGAAGGACAGGAUGGCAUCUUGUUGCUACACAUUUGCAACACACAGAUCCAAGAUGGUUUAUCAUAAAUUCAGCAGUGAAUGGCAUUCAGCAGCGAUUGCUCUCGUUUUGUAAGCAAUGUCAGAUGUAUUUGUGUAAAUGUUAUAUAUUACUUUGGACUGUGGGUGGAUUUGUUUCUGUGUUUGCUGCCUGUGGUGACACGCUUCUGUGAUUUGUGACACCAAUGAGGGAAUAUUGGAGUCAAACAUUUACACAUCCCACUUCAGUUAUCAACAGGAGGCUGAUGGGAAAGGUUUGUUAAAGUGGAUGCUAAUCAAAUCCCUUAUUUAAGUAUAUUAGUUUGUGUUCAAAUAUCUAACAACACGUGGGUUCACCUAUCCAGUAUCACUUUCUCAGUAGAUAUUAAAGCUUAUCUAGGCUGCUUGACAGUCAUUUUGCUGCUGCACCUGUUGCAGACAAUAGGCUGAGUCCUGCAGGCAGACCCUGCAACAUUCUUCCCUGCAAAAAGGCCUAACCAUGUUUCUGUGGUGAACUCUUAAUGUGCCUUUGCUGUGGCAUAUUGAGUGGUUGAUGUGCUAGUAGUACUUGUUGUGAAGACCAUAAAAUGAAAUGCUGAGGAAUUUUCUUGUUUUCAGUGCGGUACAUUUUGAUUUGUGAUCUUCACAAGCCAUUUCUCAUGCAAACCUUAUCCUUGUUACUGGAGAAGGAGAGAAAAUUCAUAAAGGGAAUUUGGGGCACAUAAUACCUGAUAACUACUGACAGACACUAGGGAAGCAUCAUCCAACCUUAACAAUUAAUAUCUCCUUAAUUAAUAACUAAGAAAUCAUAAAGUCAAUGUGGAAAACCUCUUUUAAAGAGACAUUUUAGCAUAGUUAGAUGUAAACAGAUCAUUACUCUAGAGACAAAUACAAGGUGUAUAUUUAGACAUGAUUAAUGAAUUGAAUAU